AUGUCGACGCAGCGCACCCCACCACAGAACAUUUCUACGCUGACAAGGUCCGAGUCAGAGCGGAGCAUCAGUGCAGCGAUGAGUGAUGGCGCGACGGAUGCAUUGAAAGUUACGCAUAGGUACAAGCGGUUCCGGUAUGAGGAUGAGCCCCGACCAGAUGUAAUGACCGAAAUGCGUGAACUAUUCAAUGAACUCAAGGAGGAUCAAAAUAAAAGGUUUGAGGUGCUUCAGGCCACGGUGUCCACUAUUUCCACACAAAACAAGGAAAUAAGUGCAUCUGCUAUUUUAAUAUCACAACAGUACGACGAUAUGAAGAUAAAACUCGACAACUUAGAAAAGGAAAGAAAAUGUCACCUUGCGUAUAUACAAACCCUUGAACAACGAAUUGACUAUUUGGAAAACCAAAACAGAUCGUCGUGUGUUGAGUUCCGUAAUAUACCAUUAAAAAAAAGACGAAACAAAGUGUAA